AUGGGAACCCCUUGCAUGAUACAGCAGUCUUGCAAGAUCUGGGAAUCUGCAUCUCUCCAAAGCCGGACAGAGACACAGGCAGAAGAAAGGCUCUUCAGAUAUCUUUUCCAUGCUUACAACCGGUGGUCCAGGCCGGUCCCCAAUACUUCUGAUGUUGUGAUUGUCCGGUUUGGACUGUCCAUAGCUCAGCUAAUUGAUGUGGAUGAAAAGAAUCAAAUGAUGACCACAAACGUUUGGCUGAAACAGGAAUGGAAUGACUACAAGCUUCAGUGGAAUCCAACAGAUUUCGACAAUGUUACUUCUAUUCGAGUACCUUCUGAGAUGAUUUGGAUCCCAGAUAUUGUGCUGUAUAACAAUGCUGAUGGAGAGUUUGCUGUCACCCAUAUGAUAAAGGCUCACCUUUUCUCAAACGGCAGUGUGAAGUGGGUGCCGCCAGCCAUUUAUAAGAGCUCCUGCAGCAUUGAUGUAACCUUCUUCCCCUUUGAUCAACAGAACUGCAAAAUGAAAUUUGGUUCAUGGACUUAUGACAAGGCCAAGAUUGAUUUGGAAAGCAUGGAGCACCACGUUGACCUUAAGGACUACUGGGAAAGUGGGGAAUGGGCCAUUAUCAGUGCAGUGGGCACUUAUAAUACCAAGAAAUAUGAUUGUUGCAGUGAGAUCUAUCCUGAUAUCACUUAUAGUUUCAUCAUCCGCCGUUUGCCUCUCUUCUACACCAUUAAUCUCAUUAUCCCUUGCCUUCUAAUUUCCUGCUUGACCGUGUUGGUCUUCUACUUGCCAUCCGACUGUGGUGAGAAGAUCACCCUGUGCAUCUCUGUCCUUCUGUCCCUCACUGUCUUUCUCCUACUUAUCACUGAAAUCAUCCCAUCCACAUCCCUAGUUAUCCCACUGAUUGGCGAAUAUUUGCUUUUCACCAUGAUCUUUGUCACCCUCUCCAUUGUCAUCACAGUCUUUGUUCUCAACGUCCAUCAUCGCUCACCCAGUACUCACAAGAUGCCACACUGGGUCCAGAAUGUUUUUCUGCAUUUCAUUCCCCGCUGGCUCUUCAUGAAACGCCCUCCAGUAAUAGCUUCAGGGUUGAGGGUGACCAGUGAAGAAGUAAUUGCACAAUACGACAUGCCUCCAGCAAAUCUCAGCACUUCACGGUGUUGGCUGGAGACAGACGUAGAUGAUAGGUGGGAUGAGGAAGAGGAGAAUCAUGAAGAGAUGAUUCAGGCUGCCCGGCUACCCCUGCAAAGCAACUGCCACCACCAAUGCCUUCAAUAUCGCUACACCAGUGCUCAACAUCUGGGAAGACGAUUUGUGGAACUGGUUCAUCGCCCAGCUACUAUCAAGACAGAAAGUUCAGCUUCAUCUGAGCAGAGCAUCCAGCUGUCUCCAAGCAUCUUGAAGGCACUGGAAGGGGUGCACUUCAUAGCAAAUCACUUGAGGGCUGAGGAUGCAGAUUUCUCGGUCAAAGAAGAUUGGAAAUAUGUUGCCAUGGUGAUUGACCGCAUCUUCCUCUGGAUGUUUAUUUUUGUCUGUUUGCUGGGGACAAUUGGACUUUUCCUUCCUCCAUUUCUGGCAGGCAUGAUCUAG